GGACCGAAAAGGCGGGGCCUGGACCGGAAGUGGGAUAGUGAUUUCCGGUAGUGAGCGGAAGUGGCAGGCUGACUCCCAUGGCAGGGUACUUGAAGCUGGCGUGUGCUUCCCUCCAGCGUCAGGGCUUCCACACUGCAGGGUGUUACUACAAGGGCCGGACAGGUGCUGAGCACCUAUGGCUGAGUCGGCAUUUAAAGGACCCAUUUGUGAAGGCUGCGAAGGUGGAGAGUUACCGCUGUCGAAGUGCCUUCAAGCUUCUGGAGAUGAAUGAGAGGCAUCGGAUUCUGUGGCCUGGCCUCCGUGUGUUGGACUGUGGGGCAGCUCCUGGAGCCUGGAGUCAGGUGGCAGUGCACAGCGUCAAUGCCACAGGCAGAGAUUCCAGCUCUCCUGUUGGCUUUGUGCUUGGAGUGGAUCUUCUUCACAUAACUCCCCUGGAAGGAGCAACUUUUCUGUGCUCUGCUGAUGUGACUGAUCCGAAAACCUUGCAGAGGAUCCUAGAACUGCUUCCUGGGGGGAGGGCAGAUGUGAUUCUGAGUGACAUGGCACCCAAUGCCACUGGGAUCCAGGGGCUUGAUCAUGACAGGCUUAUUGGCCUGUGCCUGUCACUUCUGGACAUGGCUUCAGUUGUCCUGCACCCAGGGGGAACAUUGCUUUGUAAGACCUGGGCUGGAAGUCUAAGCCAGCGAUUUCAGAAGAGAUUGACAGAGGAAUUCCAGAACACAAGAACUGUGAAACCCACGGCCAGCAGGAAAGAAUCAUCAGAGGUGUACCUCUUGGCCACACAGUACCGUAGAAGGAAGGGCUCUGUGAAGCCAUGAGAGGUCCUGCCAUUCUUAAAUGGAUGCUGGGUCUUUUUAAACUGUGGAUGUGGCCUGAGUGCUUUCCUGAGGAGUGGCUGGGAACUUUGCUGUGACCAUGAAGGUCUUUGAUUCAAACCAAACAGAGAUGACAUAUUAUAUUUAAGGGCCAUGAAAAAUGAUUAAAACCAGGCUUCUAUAUCAUGAUUUUUGCAGAGAAAGUUAUCAGGAGAAAGAUGUAGAGACUGAAGGAUGUAAAGAGAUGGGAGGAUAAAAAUGACUUGCUGAGACAGAGCAAGUAGAACUUUCUCACCUUAUAGACUCUUAGCCUAGUACAAAGAAACAGGUGUUCCUUUACUGCUUUCUGAACACAAUAAAUACAUUGUUUUCCAGUUGUUA